AUGCAUCAUAAAGCAUACUAUGGUUAUAAGCACCAUGAACAUAAAGACUGUUUUGUCAGUUCCUCCUUAACGUGGUUUCUUUCAGCAUCAUCGGGUUUGCCUUACUCUGUUUGGGGUCCUCAAUUUCUGGACUUACCAUGGAGGAAAGCUAAACUGGAAGCUGAUUUAUUGCAUAACAGAGAAUUUGCAUUGAAAUAUGUAUUAGUUAUCCUUACAUGGCAGUGA